AAGUAUUGUCGGUUUCCAAGGACACCCGUGUCGAGACGUAGAGUGUCGCUACCACCUAUUGUUCUACGAAUUCAUGAUUACAAUAAGGCAUGGUUUGUCUGAACGUCACUAGCCAGGUGUCAACGACACAAAUGAGCAACGUCUGGACUCCGCCAGUACUCUAACAGGCCUGAUUCGAUUUGGACGACUCAUUUGUUACCGAGUGAAAGCGAUCCCUCGAACUUUGCUCGCGCAGCUAAAUGGUGUUCAGACGGUACCGCUGCAUUAGCUCAAUGCGAAAAUCAAUCAUUAUAACAUGUCUGCCUCAUGACGGUACACCCAAUCAAUUUGAACGGGUCAUCCAACAACCAUUCCCAAUAUUAGAUUUCGAGUGGUUCCCUACAGCUACUUUGCGCGAUCCUGCUUUUUCUUGCUUCAUCGCCUCAGUACGAAAAUGUUCUGUCAAGCUUCUGGAUGGCAGUGAUGGCCGGUUACGAGCAUCUUAUAAGAUCAUCGACCAUCGUGAACAAUUCAUUGUUCCGCAUAGUCUCGCAUUCAACAUGUCAAUUGACAAGCUCUAUUGUGGAUUCAAGGAUGCUAUAGAGAUAUUUGACGUCCAAUCCCCGGAGAGGGAACUCGCCUGCACACCAGUCCAUCGAAGAAAAGCCGUGAUCGCCUCAAAGGGCAUUAUAUCGGCAUUAGCGUUCCCUCGCGAUGCAGCUUCCGGAGUCUACGCAGCAGGCUCACUUUAUCCAUCGACAACCUCUUCUCCAAACAUCGCGUUGUUCUCCGAAGCAACUGGGGAGAUUCCCGUCAUGUUCGUGGGGACUGAAUCUCAUUGGGCCCACGGCCCGUCAAACGCCAUUCGAGCAAGUAUUACUCAGUUAAUGUUCAAUCCAAGCCGGCCGUACCUCUUGUAUGCUUCAUUUCGGCGCCAUGAUGCCAUCUAUCACCACAGCUGGAAUGUUGUUCUAUCAAUGAGUUGAAGCCUUGCACAAUGCAUUAUGCAUAGAGAGAGAUCGACAUCCGUAUUUUCGACGGCGUUCAAGCC